AACAUUUCAUUGCGAAUCACACGUGCAUUUUUGUUUAGCAUUUUAUUUCAAUAGUUAGUGUGUUUCUUUCAUAUUUAACUAACUUCUACACAUUAUUAACAAUGUCGAAAUCGUUGGUGAAAAAAGCCUUUAUGUUGGCAGACAGCCCAAUAGUGAAAACCAAAACAGAUGCAAACACCACCAAACGGAAAGCAAGUGCACUCGACCUAAUACCCCGGCAUCAGAAGCUGGUCGAGCUGGUCGGCAAGAAGGGAAGCAAAACGGAGCGGGAUCUGAUUCGGCACCGGGAGAAGCUCACCGUCACCGACGUCCGGGCACAGAUCGCUAACCGGCGGGACCACACGGAGGACAACGUUCAGAAGCUGCUCAUGUUCGGUACCUCCACACUGGACGCGGAAACACGCAAAAAGAUCAUCAAACGAGCUCGGACUGGAAGGUACGUGACGAGGGUAAAAGUGAGCAAGAAAGGAAAGAAAAACGACUCUUCCACACACAACGCCGACUUGGAUGGUGGCGAACCGGACGACGACGCACCGGAGAAGACGGUGUUUACGGAUGAAGAUUUCGCCAACUUUGCGAAGGAGCUAGAAAAGAGUGGAUUGUUGAUGGAAUAAAAGCCGGUCGUUUUC